GAAGUGGAUGACCUGAUGACAAUGUAGAGAAAUCAUGACAGAAAAUAUGGUGUGUGCUGGAGCUGUCAAUGCUGUGAAGGAAGUUUGGGAAGAAAGAAUAAAGAAACACUCUGAAGAUGUGAAGCGAGAGAAAGAAUUUCAGCACAAGCUGGUGAAAAUCUGGGAAGAACGAGUAAGCUUCACUAGGCUGAAAGAAAAAGUCACCAGAGAAGAAGGAAGAGUUAUUUUGAAGAUAGAAAAAGAAGAAUGGAAGACACUUCCUUCUUCUUUACUGAAACUGAACCAACUGCAGGAAUGGCAACUUCACAGAACUGGCUUGUUAAAAAUUCCUGAGUUUAUUGGAAGAUUCCAGCACCUCAUUGUGUUAGAUUUAUCUAGAAACACAAUUUCUGAAAUACCUCGAGGAAUUGGACUGCUCACUAGACUUCAGGAAUUGAUUCUUAGCUACAACAAAAUCAAGACUGUCCCCAAAGAACUAAGUAACUGUGCCAGCUUGGAGAAACUAGAACUGGCUGUUAACAGAGAUAUAUGUGAUCUUCCACCAGAGCUCAGCAAACUGUUAAAGCUCACCCACCUUGACCUAAGCAUGAACCACUUUAGUACAAUCCCUCUUGCUGUGCUGAACAUGCCUGCCCUGGAGUGGCUGGACCUGGGAAGCAACAGACUAGAACACCUUCCUGAUGCCAUAGAAAGAAUGCAAAAUCUACAUACAUUAUGGCUACAGCGGAAUGAAAUAGCGUGCUUACCAGAAACAAUCAGCAAUAUGAAAAACCUGGAAACUCUUGUUCUCAGCAACAACAAACUUCAAAAUAUCCCAGUAUACAUGGAAGAAAUGAAAAAUCUGAGGUUUGUCAACUUCAGAGACAACCCACUGAAAUUGGAAGUAACAUUUCCUCCCAGAGAGGGCACAGAUGGAGAAGAGGAACAGGAAUUAUUUGGCCUUCAGUUUAUGCACACGUACAUACAGGAGUCACAAAGAACAGGUGACCAAGUCAACUGUUUGCCUACUCUACCGACCACUAUAGGUUCCAAUGGGUAACGUAAUUGAAAACCCUCUGCCGAAGAACACUUUGGGAAUAUGGUGACUUCUGUUUUGGACUUCUAAAGUUAAA